AUGAACCGCAUGGUGGCUUUACAAAAGGCCGAGGCCGGAGAGGAUCCGCCAAAGAACCCCAAUGACGUAGACAAGAUGGAGGGAUUUCAAUCAGAGUAUUGGGAAUGCAACUCUGUCCAUGCAUGGGGCUGCCGAUUUGAGAACCUGGACGAUCGCAACGAUCCAGAGGUCCGGGCGCGAUGUUUGAAAGGAUUCCAACAACACAAAGAGAAGGUCCUCCGUACCAUUCCCAAAGAGCGCCUGCUCCUCUUCAACCUCUCGGAUGGCUGGACACCUUUGUGCGACUUUUUGGGCAAGCCCGUUCCAGAUGAAGCAUUUCCACGUGUGGACCGGUUCGAGUUGCUCCCACCGAUGCCACCAACGAUGGGGGUUUCCCUCGUACAGCGUAGUGCUGAACGCUUACGCCGCAAAGACGACCUCUGA